CUUCACAACUUCACCAUGAGGCUGUCAUUGCUGCUUGUGUUCCUCUUGGGCGUGGUGGGCGUCAGCUUCGCCAAGAAGAUGCCGCCUAAAAAUGACAUCACCAACAAAGAAAGCGGCGACUUUUUAUUAUGCUGUUACUGUGAUUGUGAAACGUUUAAGGGAGACCCACCUAACUUUGAUCCCAAAAAUCCGUUCAAGGAUGGUGGUUGUACUAAACUUUGUAAAAACUAUUGUCCUGAUGUCGCCCCGAAUAAACAAAAACCCCGUGGUCUUGAGAAUUUCAAUCGAAGAAUUCCCUUUGAUGCAUGCUGCGCUUGCAACUGCAACGACUAUAAAGCCAAGCAAAACUCACGUGAUGUUUAUGUGAUCGACUCGGGAAUUUGUCAAAGAACAUGUAAAUUCUUUUGCUCAUUUUACAUUCUUUGAUGUGGUCUUCAAGAUCUUGAUCGGUAAGUAAAGCCUUCAUUACUAAAGCCAGGUUCACACGAGCGAUGCUUCCCUCUUUCCGAGUUGCCGGAAACAACACAACACCUCUUUCGCACGAUGGUGAAGCAACUUUUGGAGAACACGGGAACGCGAGAUGAUGGAAGAAUGAUAUGGUUAGGGAACACAGGUGGAAAUAGGAAGGUGGGCAGGAUGGGGUGGGAGGGAGGGAAGAUUCUUGAUUUGAACAGGAUAAGCAAAGCGUAGGACAGCCGGCCUUUUCUAGUCUGCUUUCUCGCGUCACGUCCGGGUUUGCCUUCCAAAAGAAUGGACAGUAAGUAGAAGCUUUUAAAGGUCUAGGUUUAAGGGGUGUCGAAUUACCCACUCGACCUAUUCGAGGCGGCAGUACAGAAUGUCUCUCCCUUAACGUUAUCUUGGCUCUACUCUCCACAUAUUAUUAUUAAAUUUUGUGUGGGAGCAAAACAAUACAAAUAUUAACACAAAUGA